GUCUUGUGUCUAUGGUUGGGACGCUGUUUAAGAGCCCAGCUCUCGGCUUUCCAGGCAAGGGGUGGGGGAGUUGUGUGGUCUGAGAGGCUGCGUGAGUGUUGUGGUUACUUCUUUCCGGCUGGCACUCUCCUGUGUCAUGUGCCUCUUGUCUUCUUUUUCUUUUCCCGGGAUUCGGUUUCCUAUACUAGAGCAGGAGGGAACCUGUUGUAGUCUCGGGGGUUUGGUGACCCGCCUGAGAUAGGUAAACUCCCUCCCCCAGUCUGUCCGUUCCGGUUCGGUUCCAAGGAGGAUCCUAGAAUCUUCUGAAGAUGGGGGUGUUGAGUGGAAUAAGGGAUGCCCUUUCUUUAAAAAAAGGGCAUUAGGUAAUUCUUGUCACUAUCACGUGCCUGUGUGUGAACAUUUCAACAGCUGAUUUGCAUGGCAUCUGGUGGUGUGGCCUGUGUGUCUGCACUAGUCUGACUCCAGAAGUUGUGGCUCUAAAAAAUUUUGCUCCCAAAGAUGGCAGCUAGUACUCGAAAGCAAAUAAUGCUCCAGAGCUUAGCACAUCUACUGCAGGAUUCUGGAGACUUGAUUCUGGAUGGUACUAGCACCUUGACAUUAUUUACCUCCACACUGCAGAUUCUCACUCAAAUCUUUGAGCAGCACCUAUUACCACGAAACCAGAACCAUGGCUUCAUUGCACUCUCAUCACACCCUGCUGAAACGUCUGCCAUCCUUCAAGCCCAGUUUCUCUUUGAUGUCUUGCAAAAGACUCCCUCUCUGAAGCUUAUUCAUAUUCCCAGUUAUGCUCUGCCAGUUGCUGUGAAGAUUUUCCCCUUCAAAUCUUUGCGCCACUUAGAGCUGAAGUGUGUUCCUUUGCACUGUCUACGGGGCCUGAGGUUCGUCUACUCCCAGUUGGAGGCUUUGACUUGUUCCAGAUGUGUGAACUCCCUGAAGGAGAUUAUCUCUGCCUGCGGAGGGGACCUCAGUUCUGCACUUCCAUGGCUUGAACUACAGACACUCAACUUCAGCUAUAACUCUGUUGUCACCUUGGAUGAUUCACUGCAAUUGUUGAAUGCCCUGAAGGCUCUGAACCUCAGUCAUAAUUUCAUCCAGGACUGUGAGCGCUACCUGACAGUGCUGACAGAGCUGGAAUAUGUAAAUGUGGCUUAUAACUUCCUGCCUAAGAUGCCUGAACUUGGGUUGCACAGCCAGGCUAAACUGGUGACCCUGAUCCUGCGGUACAACCAGCUUGAUGGCGUUAAGGGUGUGGAACAGCUACCCAAUCUUCAGCACUUGGAUGUUGCCUAUAACUUGCUGCUGGAUCAUACUGUGUUAGCACCACUGUCCUUGCUGCAUAACCUGAGAAGACUGCACCUGGAGGGGAAUCCUUUAUGGUUCCAUCAGGACCACCGGCCUACUACCCUAAUGCACUUGUCUCCCAGGGCCGUUUCCAGCAAUUUCUUCCUUGAUGAAGAGCCUCUGUCUGCUGCUGACCUGCGGCACCUCUCAAAACUGGACCUAGCUCUUGUUCAACCACUCUGCACCCCAGCCUCAGAGAGGGCCCUGACAGACCGCAGUGCCCUGGAAAGUUCUUGUGCUGCAGACCAAAGUGACAGCCAGUCCCCUGCAGAGAGCAGGCGUUCCCGAUUAGUCCCUCGGAAGAGAACUAAGGGGCAGGUUAAAGUGCGCAGGCCCAGCAUUUCAGAGCCCAGUGAUACAGAACACGAGUACAGAGCGCUACCUGUCUCAGCAGGUGUAGUUCGGCAGCACCAGGCGGAGAUGGAGCGCAUGGACAGUUUCCGAGAUCGUUUUGGUACACACUGGCUCCAGUACAGGCGACACCUGGAAGUAGAUGGGCAGGUGGGGCCCAUCACCCCCUCUGGCAGCCCUACAGUAGAAUCUCUAGGCAGCUCAGGUGGGGCUUCAGAGCAGAGCAAGAGCACCGUGGAGGAGGAAAAGAUUCCUGAGGCUGCAGAGAGAAAGGAGCUAGAACUGCCGCUGGAUGAAGAUCUGGUGGAAGGCCUCCAGGCGAUAGCGGAAACAGAUGGGUUGCCAGUGAAAGAGGAUAAAGAUCAGGAGGAAAAACUGGAAGUGGACCUCUGCCAACCAGUGUUGGUAAGCCAGAUAGAAGACAAUUGUGAUCCAGAACCUGACUGGAUCUUCCUGCGGAUCACUGCCCAGCAUGUGAUGGAGGUGGAGCUGAAAGCAGCCAAGAUUCUGCACAGGUUGGAGCUGCAAAGUCUGCAGAAAGUGGAAACCUCAGAAAUGCACUGGAGAAGGAUGGACCUGGAGCGUGUGUUUCCUGUUCUCACACUGCAUUUCAGCUACAUCAGCAAGGACCGUCGGAAGCGUCAAUAUGUAGUGUUGGAUGACCAUCCUGAACUGUGUGUACAGGAUUUGCUCAGAGUGCUGGCGCCCACCCUGCAGGAAAACCGGAAGAACAAAGGUCAGGCAGAGGGAGGCCCAAAGCUCCAGUGCCUAAAAUGCAAACAGGAAUUUGCUGGAAGCUGGAUGCUUGGACGGCAGAAUCUAGGCUCAGCUGUAGACACUUCAACUUUCUCUGAACAAGAGGCUGCUGCUCCCAGUGAGCCCAUCAUCUGCCCCAGUUGCUCCAGUGACCAUGUGGUCAUCUUGCCCUGCGAGAGGCGUUCCAGCACGCCGUUGCUCCCUCAGGACUGUCUUGGCGAAAGCCAGCAAGAGGCAGAGGCGGGAAAGUUCUAUAUUGGCGAAGAGAGUAGCUCUGAAACUGGGACCAGCUCCAGCACCCAGAUCCAAGCGCUGAGCAGCGACCAAGGCAGCACUGCCCAUUCCAGCUCUCGCAGUUCGGAAGGGGUGGGCAGCAACGGCACCAGGAGGGAUCUGAGCUCCAAGGGCCGCUACUCCUCCCUCAGCCACACGGACACCAAUGGGGGGAGCCUGCUGGGGAGCUACCAUUAUGGCACCUCCCGCGGGCCCACCCCUUCCCAGCUCUCCCUGAGCUCAGAGCAGGAGGAGCACUGGAAUCUGAGCCCCCCCACCAACAGUAUGUUGGGCAUGCGGGACUUCUCUUCUGUGGACCAUCGGCUGAAGCUUUAUUUGGAUAUGGAGGUCUUUGAGAAGGCAGAAGAGUUCAAGUGCUUUCUCAAGGUGGCUGUUGUGAAAAAUGGCCGGCCUGGGGAAUUCUUGGCACUCCUGGUGGCCUCAGAUGUCCAGUUCCAUGUGUUAGAGGUUAAAGGGGAGAUUAGGGGACAGCCAUCUGAUUGGCUGAAGAAGGGUGACUGUCAUUGCCUGUCUGACCUCUCUUGCCUGGAGGUAGGGCUGUGCCAUCAGAGCUUGCAUAUGGAGUUCAUGAAUCCCUGUGCCUCGUAUACCCUCCUGCUUCGCAACCAGAACCGCUGCAAAAGGUUCCUCCAGUGCCUGACAUAUCUCACACAGGAAUUACCGACCAAGAGCAGGAGAAAAAUCCCAGAAGCUACUGUGAUGGAAAUGAAUCCACAACACCCAUUAUGGCCACUGAUCGCCAAAGACCUAGCAAGAGAAACUGCGAGUGGCUCAGCCAGACCCUUCUUCUACCUGUUGGCAUAUCUUAUCCAAGGGGCUUCUGCCUUUCCCGUGACCGUGCUCAGCACCCGUAGUAAUAUAUUCCUGGUGGAAGAAGAUCACCAGUGGCAAAAAGUGACACCCUCUGUUGGCUUGGACUGUGGUUCUGAGGAGCAGGCCAAGAAGUGCUUCCAGUUGAAAGAGAAUGAGCCAAUCAGCAGCAUCAGUGGGGUUGUGCUUUACCGCUUCUCCCCUUGUGAUGUAAAGCUGCAACUUUAUGAUGAGGUCCUAAAGGUGGAGAGCACUUGGCAUUUGCGGACAGAAUGUCCAGAUCUGCUGGCUGAGCUGGUGGAAUGGCUGCGUGUGCCCUGGGAAGAGAUGUUCUCCAUUGCUCUCCUUAAGACAGUGCUUGAGGUGCUGGAGUGAACUAAAGAAAAUCUGACUGAAAUGUUUCUAUCCCUGUUGAAUUGGGAGAACAAGUUUUGUGGACCAUCUCCUAGAAUCUAGUACAUAACACCACUUUGAACUCUGCUGCUGUUGCAAAUCUCGGCAGCAGCUGGUAACUAUGUGAAAAGCUUGUGUCUUCUGUUUUGACAGCACUGAAUGUUGGCCAGUUGCAGGGCCUCUUGGUGAUCGUGUAGGGCAAGAGGGAAGCCAGCCACAAUCUGACCACAGAUCACUUCCUAUUCAGCUGGAGGAGGCUCCAGGGUGGCCCCAAGGCCAGUUCUAAGCUAUCCACAGCAGUUCCGUGUGCUCUUGUCACUUUCUCUUGGGUAGCAGCUGCUGGAGAUCCCAACACAGGUCAUGCCAAGUGUUAGACAUGCCUGGAUUCUACACAGAACUGCACUAUUUUGAUUCAGGUUCACUGGCCUAGUACUCUCACUGCAGAACCCUGAAACUUUCUAACUCUCUUUGCUUAGUAAUGGAGGACUCACUUUCCAGACUGCUGGGAUCUGCCCGUGCUAAUAGAACAUGCCUAAGGGUUGCCUAAGGAUUUGAGAGCUCUCUCCUACACUUUGUCUCUGUGGAUGUGGAGAUACUGGCCACUUGGGGUAUAACUCGCUGGAAGCCAGUCUUCCCUGGGCAAAAUAGGCAAAUACCAAUUUUUAACUGUGAGAUUUUUAUUUUUGGUGUUCAAUAAAACGUAUUUUAUUGCC